GCUGGUAGUAUUAAACCGCUGACAACAAAAUUGUACAUAAACACAUGCAGAUAGCAUUGAAAGUAAAAUGAGUGAAUCCCAGAAGUCUUCAGCAAGUAAUGAUUCAAAUGAAGUAUUAAUUGAAGAAAUCGAUAGCAACGAUGUGCCUGAGAAUGAAUUGGCACAGUUCCAGGAGACGGAACCAUUGAGAGUUUUUGAAAUUAUUGAGUACGACAAUGAAAACAAUGGCAAUGAACAGAGCUCAGCAACACACGAUGAGGAGGAAGAGGGAGCUUUAAUCCGUCGCUAUGUGCAGGGCGUUCAGUGCCUGGAGUUUCCCGAUUUCUGCACUAAGCUUGAACCCGGGGACGAAGAUGAAGACGAGGAGGAAACACUCACGCAAACAAAUGACAAUGACGAUCAGUCAGAAUGCGAGCCCUCCACUAGCGGAGCGGCUGCUGCUAAGAAGUCACUACUGACAAAGGCGAAGCCAGAGACUGCUGUAAGUCAACGUACCGGAGGCGGAGGUGGAGGUGGCGGUGGUGGCCAUUGGGGACGGCGUAGUCAACUAAGUCCCGCUUUACUUGGCCUCAUGGGUGAAGCGAAUCUCUCUUUUGUUUAUGGGCGAUACGAUACAGCCGAGCGCAUUUGCAUGGAAAUCAUACGACAGAAUCCCCUGGCGAGUGAGCCGUUCUACACGCUGGCCGAGAUCUAUGAGAACCGUGAUGAAGUUAAGUUUCUGCACUUUUCCACAAUAGCAGCGCAUCUCAAUCCACAAGAUCGUGACAUGUGGAUACGCAUAUCCGAUCUCCUGGUGCAGCAGGGCCAUUUGGCAAGAGCUAGGGUCUGCUAUACGAAAGCCAUUAAAGUGAUUCACAAGGAUUACUUGCUGCGCUUCCGAAAGGCCCAGCUCUUGGAGCGCAUGGGAGAGACGAAUGCGGCGAUGUUCACAUACCUGAAAAUGCUGCCGUUGAUGCCAUCAACAGAAUGGAAUCUUUGCCUUACAACUGGCAAGAAUGUGGCGCGCUACUUCCAUGUGCUGGAGAAGCAUACAAUAGCACUAGAGGCCAUGGAUGGAGCGUACAGUGUGUGUAGCUCUCGCUUCACCCUUGAAGAUCUCAACAUCUAUUUGGAACUACUCAUACUGAAUAAGCAGUAUGAAACAGUUCUGCGAUGCCUUCGGGAACGCACAACGUUGGAAAUUGAAACGGAGCAAGACGAGAAAGAGAGUUUGGAACUGAUCUACUUCUGCCACAUUCCUGAUGACUAUGUUCCCGAAUUGCGCGCCAAGCUUUGCGUCAGCCUCAUACACAUGCAUGCUCAUCACUUGUUGGGAUAUCUGGUGCAGAAUGUUCAGGAACACAUAAGCCCAACCGUAGAUCGUGUUGAACUAUACAUGGAUAUCACCGAGGCGCUAAUGCAGGAGCAUAAGUAUGCCGAGGCCAUAGCCCUGAUGCGGCCCAUUACAGAUGGCGAUUCAUUUGAGUGUCCAGCAUUUGUUUGGCUGCGUCAAGCGGAGUGUCUCCGACAGAUUAAUCGCACCAAUGAGGCCAUCCAGAGCUAUGCACGAGUAGUCCAGCUUGCUCCGUACUGUUAUGAAGCAAAGUUUACGCUCUCCGCAUUGCUCAAGCAGCAGGGCAGACCAGAAGAGGCCGUCAAGGCGUUGGAGCAAUCGGGAGAACAGGAGGGGCAACCGUUGCAUGCCCGUUUACUCUACGAGAGGUGCGUGAUGCUGCAGCAGAUUGGUCGCAUCGAGGAGUUCCUCGAUGUAGGCUACGUGCUGCUUGGUCGAAACUCCAUCAAGCUAAAGAAUCGAGAGGAGAUGCUAGCAGCCGCAAAUGGUGGCAGCACCUACAACACCGAGGGACUCAAGGCAAUCCUACAAAUGCGUAGCUUAGCCGCUGGAGCAACAGGCAAUGCAGAACAGGAGCCACAGGAAUCACUGAAGAGUUCUGGUACAAGUGGAGCGGGAGCGAUCUCUGAUCUGACGAUUAAGAAUGAAUACGAUUUGUUUCUGGAACUCAUCCGAACCGCCUUCGCCCAUGGGAAGUUCAGCGCCAUUGAACGCAUCUGCUUCGCCAUGGUCACUACAAAGAGGUUCACCUUCUAUCAUUAUGAAAUCGAGCGCAUUAUAAUCCUCGCCUGUCUCUUUAAUCGUGAUUGUGCCAUUGGAUUCUCAUAUCUGCGCGAGCUAAUUGCCAAGCAGCCGGAGAACGUUAAUCUCUGGAAUAUCCUGUCCCUCAUGGUGCAGCAGGGUGAUGAGGUUCGUUACUUUCGAUAUACGCGGCGUCUCUUGCAACGUCAUCCAUCGGUUACACAGGCAAUGCGUUUGUUCCUCGGUCACUAUCACCUCAACUGCAGUUCGUACAAAUAUGCCCUAAACGUGUAUGUUCCCAUACUGCGUGAGAAUCCGCAUCCAUUGGUCGCCCUCUCCAUAGCUGUAGUCUUCAAUCAGUUGUCGCUCCAAAAGAAGGUUCUUCGCAAGUCGGCAGCAAUCUCACAAUCAAUAGCUUUUGCUCAACGCUAUGCAGAGCUACGUACACGUAAGCAAAAAGGCACCGAGAAGGAUUCUUCAAUUUCAUCGUGUGCUGCACAGCAGGAAAUCUACUAUAACAUCGGACGUAUAUACCAUCAAGCGAAUAUCUUACAUCUGGCUGUUGAAUACUACGAGCGAGCUCUGGCCCAGCAGCAUCCACUGAUAAAGGAGCAUGAGGAGAUCUUGGGAUUACAACAUGAGGUCGCAUUCAAUCUGCAUCUCAUCUACCGUGCCAAUGGCAAUAAGUGGAAGGCUCGACAAUGUUUAAUGCGUUAUUGUGUUGUAUAAACUAUUAUUUAAAUAAAAUAAGUUAAUAAAUUUUACUUUAUACCUAAUAUAAA